AUGGAGGAAGGAUACUUUAAUUUUUGCGUACCGCUCAACAUGUUGUUGGACUUUUGCGAAGAUUAUAAACGCGUGGUCGUUAACGCUCAUCACGAAUUGAUUUUGAUACGAGCGCGCAACGAUUACAAUUGUUUUAUGGGAAAUUCUGCGACGGAGCCUGAGGUUGAAUUAUUCAAAGUACAGUGGCGGAUGCCUCACGUUACGUUAAACGAGACGAAUAAAUUGUCGAUGCUGCCAGCAUUGGAAAGCGGUCGUUAUCUGAGCAUGAGUUUUCGCUCGUGGGAUCUGUAUGAGUAUCCUCUGUUACAGAGUACUACCAAACAUUCAUGGGCCGUCAAAACGGCGAUUCAGCUUGAGAAGCCGCGAUACGUUAUCUUUGCUCUGCAUACCGGUCGAAAGAAUAUCAUGUCUCGAAAUGAUAGCCUGUUCGAUGAUUGUAAUUUGAGCAACGUGAAACUUUAUUUAAAUUCAGAGUUUUAUCCGUACGAUGAUUUGAAUCUGGAUUUUGGCAAAAAGAGAUACGCCGUUUUGUUUGAUAUGUACACGCGUUUUCGUAAAGCCUAUUACGGAAUCGACUGUUUCGAAACGCUUCUCAAAGUGCUCUCGUUUAUCGAGAAAGGGCCUUUCGCGGUUAUUGAUUGUUCGCGACAAAACGAAUCCGUUAAUAGCGCAACCGUGGAUGUAUGCAUAGAAUUUGACUGCAAGGAGAAUGUGCCUGUCAAUACUACCGCAUACUGUCUUAUCAUACACGAUCGUGUAAUCGAAUACAGUCCGUUGUCUAACGUAGUCCGCAAGAUCAUGUAA